UUUUCGUUCAUUCAUCAUUCGUACUCAUACUGUACUGAGCUCAGUCUUUGUGUUUUGAGCGUUCUUGUUGCAAAAUCACCAGUCAUGGAAGCGAGCGACACGACUCGGUUGCUCGGGUCCAGCAGCAGUUCUUCGUACACCCAUAGCAGCAAUGAUCUGACAUCGUCGUUGAUAUCCACUAGCACCAGCAAUAUCAGCAGCACCAAUAGCAGCAGCAGCAACAGCAGCAGCCUGUCGCACACAACGCGACCAAAGAAGGCGACGCUGCUGUCGGCGUACACAAAUCUGGCGACCGCGGCUGUCGGAGUUGGGAUUUUGUCGUAUCCGUACGCGUUCGACGCCGCGGGAGUGCUCAUGAUUGUGCUUCUGACGCUGGUGUUUAUCGUCGUCAACGGAUACACCCUGCAAGUGCUUGCUGACUUUGCGCAGCGGCACCAGGCCAAGCUGACGCUGUACUCGUACGAAGAGCUCGUCCAGGUCGUCCUGGGCCGCCGAGCCUACCUCGUCGCCGUCGCCGUGCUCUUCUUCAACGUCAUUGGCUCCUGCACGGGCUUCCUCAUUGUUGUCUGCGAUCUCGCCGUCCCCGUCCUCGCCAAGUGGAUUGACCCGGACUCGUUCCUCGCCUCGCGCACGUUCGUCAUGCUCGUGUUUGGCCUCUGCGUCGUCUUCCCGCUCUCCCUCCUCGGCGACUUCCACUCGCUCGCGUUCUCGAGCUUCAUCGCCGUCGCUUCCGUGCUGGCCGUCGCUGGCGUCGUCGUUUACAGAGGAUCGUCGUAUAUUGCUGAUCAUGGCUCGAGCGCCUUCGAUGGAGAUCGCGUGUUCCUGGUACAAAACAGCUUUUCCAUUGUUCUGGCAGUCCCGCUGUGCAUUUUCGCGCUGGGCUGCCAUUUGCAAGUCGUUCCGCUCUAUGGAGAAAUGUCCCCGUCCGUGCAGCCUCGAUUUCCCAUCGUAGUGGUCGGCACAGUCACCUCCUGUGGAUUCCUGUACCUCCUCACUGGCCUUUUCGGAUAUGUCGAGUGGACCUCGAGCGUGAAGAGUGACGUUCUGACCAACUAUGAUAUUGGCGACACUGUGAUCGACGUUGCCAAGCUGCUCAUGGGGCUGCACAUCACCCUGGCAUACCCAGUCGCCCUGUUUCCUGGUCGCAAGGCGCUCGACCUGCUGAUUGUCAACUGGACCAAGGGCCGAGUUGAACCGACGCUGCGGCGCACCAUGGUGCAAAACUUUUUCAUUGUGUUGGUGACGGGCCUGUUUGCCGUCCUCGUUCCGCAGGUCGACAUGGUGUUUGGCUUUGUUGGCUCCACGUCUGCAGUCAUCCUAGACUAUGGGUUCCCUGCCCUCAUGCUUCUCCAGCGCGCGCGAGAAGUGGCUGACGAAGGGUUUUUUACCAAGCCCUCGCAGCCCACCACCAAUUCCAGUGGCCACUAUCCUGCCUCUCCUGUCGACGGUCGGAGCGAUGGCUACAAUGAAAAGGCAGCGCUCCUGUCGGGCCACCAGGGUGCUCCCCGGACCCGCGGCGCGUCCAAGCUCUACCUGUUUUCGUCCGCCUUUGUGGUUGACAAUGAGUCAGCCGACGGCCAGACCUCCUGGUAUCGCGACGACUGGUACCAGGCUGACGGGGCCAAGGCGCGUGCCAAAUGGGUGUGGCGGGAGCGACUGAUUGGCCGUGCGCUUGUCGGCAUGUCCGUGCUCGUUGCUCUUGUCGGCACUGGUGUCAAUCUGUACCAAGACAUUACCGGGUGAUGGGAGGCUCAUGGAUUGCUGCGUGUAUGGUUUUGUGGUAGUGCUUUUUGUGUGUGAUUCUUUGAUUCCGCUGUCCCGUGUCUGACUAUAUUGCUUGAUACGAAACUCUUCCAAUGUAAACAUCCAUCCGAA